AUGGAUGAUGACAAUCAUUCGAUUGAUUCCCCUGCUCAGAGUAAUCCAGGAACUCCAUUGCCAAGUAAUCCGGGUACUCCACGUAAUGACAAAAAUGAUGACAUUGCUCUUGUUACAUCCACGUCUUGUUAUCCCGCACCUCAGACAAGUGGAUCGGGAUCUUCACGUCAACAACCAAAGCCAAAGUAUUCCCAACUUCUUGCAAUCAUUGAAGAAUUGGGUAAAGACAUACGUCCUACAUAUGCUGGAAGUAGGAGUUCCGCCGAAAGACUAAAACGUGGUAUAAUCCAUGCUCGUAUUCUAGUAAGAGAGUGCUUAAUGGAAACUGAGAGAAAUGCUAGAUCUUGA